AUGGAGGGAGAAAGCUGUGCAUCCACAGAGGAGACCUCUGUAGAGGUAGGAAGACUACAAGAGGAACUUAGCAAGGCCAAGGAACGACUUCAGCAGUGGAAAGAGAAAACACAAAUUGGGGUAAAUGAAUUACGUAGCCGUAUUGUAGAACUUACACGAGAGCUAGAAGAAACACGAGCAGCUAAUGUACAACUAAAGGAGCAACUAGAUAAUAAAACAGAAGGAGCUAAUGCUGCUACUGCUACGUUUCUUUCUACUCCUUCUCCCCUAACGAACAUUUUAACAAGUUGGAUAAAUGAUUCUACUGAUAUAUUUACUUCUACAUCACUAGCAAAAUCAAGUAUUGCAUUAGAUAUGGUUGCUUCGGUUUCAUUGGAAUUUGAUAAGUACAAACGUCGUACAAUUCAAACUUUACGAAUGCAAACAAAAAAUUUAGAGUCAUUACAAGUAGAACUAUCUGAUGUCCGACAUCAAUUAAAUAGUGCUCUUGAUGAUCUAAAUGAACGAAAGUGUGCUAUAGAGAGUCGUGAUGAGGCAAUAUCAGUACUGCAAAACCGUCUUGAUGACCUUGAAGCAACUAAUGCACGACUUGAGUCAACACGAGCAACAAUGGUGAAUAAACCAAACAUGGAACAAAUUGAUGUGUUUCAGGAAAGGUUGGAAAAAGAAAUUGAAAACGUACAAAGAGAAUUUGCCUCUCGUGAGAGUAUUAUAUUUGAUCAACACCGAGAUGAGAUUGAGCGGCUUGUGGCUAAACAUGAUGAGGAGGUAGCUGAACUACGUGCCGAAUUGGAAGAUAGAAGACUUGCAGGUAUGGUUGUAAAUAUGGAGGGACGAUCAAAUAAUGAGGCAAGUGAGGUUGCAUAUGCAGAACUCAUGGCUGACUUUGAGUCUCUUCGAGACGAGUUAAAGGUUACACAAGAUGAGAAUCAGAAAUUAUUGAAAAAGUUGCAAGAAAUGAAAGAACGAUCGGUAUGCAGUAAUGGUAGUGUGAGCAAUGAAAAUAACAGUGGAGGAGUAUUACGUGGAUCUCUCACGUUACCAGAAGCGCUUGCACGUAUUGCAGAGCUUGAAGGUGGUACAAAAAGACUAUCUGAUGAGUUAUGCGAAGCGAAAAAACGACUUAUUGCGACGAAGCAUCAAGCCAAUAAUAAUAGCAUGAAUAACAACAAUAAGGAUAAUAAUCGUCCACAAGUUUUGGAGGGACAACAACUUUCUUAUCUAAAAUUUAUUGUUGUGAAAUUGCUUUGCGCUAAUGGGGACGUUCAUGUAUCAAUGAAUUUAUUUCCUGUACUAAGCACACUUUUGCAUUUCAAUUCUACAGACUUAGAGAAUAUUUAUGCUGCAAAUCCAGAUUGGGUGAAAAGAAAGUUUUAA